UUUUAUAUAGUCUUUGGUUACAAGGAAGGUAUCUUCCUUGAUAUUCCUUUGGAGUGGGAGAUAUUCCUUGGUGAGAUAGUCUUCUGCUAGCCUACAGUAUAUGCUGAACGGCUGAGGCGAGAUGGCGUUAACAAGACUUUUUGCUCAGAGUACGUUGCGUGGUUCCCGGCACUAUAGCACAGGUGGUCUGAAUGAUGUCGUCAUUGUUAGUGCUGCUCGCACCCCCAUGGGGUCUUUUCGGUCAUCCUUGGCUUCCCUGCGUGCCCCAGAACUUGGAGCUGUUGCCAUAAAAGCAGCUGUAGAGAGAGCAGGAGUUGACCCAAAAGCUGUGCAAGAGGUCAGGCUUAGUUGAAUACAAAAUAUACCC